ACGUGUUCAGCUCAACCCCGAAGCCCGUCCCAUCCCCUGCAUAUCCAUACCAGUUCAAAGGAGGAGGCGUGGAUAGAACUGUUGUUACCUGUAUUAGAGUACCUGCAGCUACAUGGAAAGAAUUUAAGAUGUCGUCAAGGGAGAGGAACUGCAACCGAUGUGUCACGGCUUCAAUUACAGACGAGAUUCUAUUGAAAAAGAGGACAUUGCACCGGGUGUAAAUGUACCUGGCGCUAGCAAGAACAAGUGAGAAAUCAUAUCUUGCCCUACUUUGAUACAAAGGACGAAAUAUAAGAACGCUUCACUCGAGAACUCAUCUUUUACCUCGACCCCUCUCUCUCACUCUCAUAAGUGUUUCGUUUUUUAACACGCACGUUUUGGAUCAACAUCACUCUGCGACUCUCACCUGUGACGCGUUGACAAUGGAUUUCAGACGGCUGAAUAUUUCAAAGGUGUUUAGAUUUAACAUUUUGGAAAACAGAAGUUACAGGCCUAUCUGCAUCUGGAAAGGUUAGGUAUUGUAGUGUUGCCAAUGUGAACGUAAGCGUGACCAUUUCAUUCUAGUGAAUGGCCAGUCCCAGAAGCGGUUAUGAUCAUGCACAGACCCCUCCGAAGGUGGAGUUUUUACGUCUUCUUGUGUUCUGGCAUCAUCUACUUAAGGCUUGGGGCCCUGUCUUCCGUGGUGGCAUUGGGUGCCAACAUCAUCUGCAACAAGAUCCCUGGGCUGGCCCCUCGUCAGAGGGCCAUCUGCCAGAGCCGCCCGGAUGCCAUCAUCGUGGUGGGGGAGGGCGCCCAGCUGGGCAUCAAUGAGUGUCAGUACCAGUUCCGCUAUGGCCGCUGGAAUUGCUCCGCCCUGGGGGAGAGGACUGUCUUUGGACAGGAGCUGCGAGUAGGUAGCCGGGAAGCUGCGUUCACGUACGCCAUCACGGCCGCCGGCGUAGCCCAUGCCAUCACGGCGGCGUGUAGCCAGGGCAACCUGAGCCAGUGUGGCUGUGACCGGGAGAAGCAGGGUUACUAUAACCAGGAAGAGGGCUGGAAGUGGGGAGGCUGCUCAGCAGACAUCAAGUACGGCGUUGAGUUCUCCAGGAGGUUCGUGGACGCCCGCGAGAUCAAGAAGACCACGCGCCGGCUGAUGAACCUCCACAACAAUGAGGCAGGGAGAAAGGUCCUGGAGGAGCGGAUGAAGUUGGAGUGUAAGUGUCAUGGCGUGUCAGGCUCCUGCACCACCAAAACCUGCUGGACGACCCUGCCCAAGUUCCGAGAGAUCGGCUAUGUCCUGAAAGACAAGUACAACCAGGCGGUCCACGUGGAGGUGGUCCGGGCCAGCCGACUACGCCAGCCCACCUUCCUCAAGGUGAAGAAGACCCAGGGCUACCGAAAGCCCAUGGAGACCGACCUCGUCUACAUCGAGAGGUCGCCCAACUACUGCGAGGAGGACGCAGCCACGGGGAGCGUUGGCACCCAGGGGAGGCUGUGUAACCGCACCUCGCCCCACACAGACGGCUGCGACCUCAUGUGCUGCGGCCGGGGCUACAACACGCACCAGUACACCAAAGUGUGGCAGUGCAACUGUAAGUUCCAGUGGUGCUGCUUCGUCAAGUGCAACACGUGCAGCGAGAGGACGGAGGUGUUUACCUGCAAAUAAAGGGGCAUGACAUAAUGGACCUAUAGUACGGUACUAUGAUUGGGAGGGGCGUGGCAGGACUACCUGGAUGACAAGGAAGACCCCAGAGAAAAGAGAAAAGGACAUGUAUUGGAAGAGGAAUAGUGAGAGAUUUAAAAAUAAAAAGGAAUGGAAUGUUCAAUAUCAGCUCUUCAUGGCAUCGUUUUGCACAGCAGAAUCUAUAUGAGCUUUUUAAAAGAAAAGUGAGGGCUAAAUAUCAAUAGAUAAUAAUACUAAAAUCUUUGACUGACUGAGACAGAAUAAUGUGUGAUCAUGUACUGAUGUAAAAGUUAUGACUACAGGAAGCAAAUGGUGCCUGGAUGGGAACUGUGCAUUGCACUCUGGGAUUUGUAGUUAUUUUUUUCACAAAAUGGCUUCUUCAUGGAACAGAAAGACAGAGACAGACUCUGGAGAUGUGGUAGAAAAUGACAGUAACUGUUGAGGGAUGAGACUGGCAUGAGACUCUAAAAGUCUUUUAGUGAGAACUUUGAGUUUUACUUUCUUUUUCCACAGAGGGAGAGGGCAGAGGUGAAUAUUUGAGCCCCCAAACUGGAGGUGUUUUCUUUUUGGAGCUGUGUAGACAUGAAGAACGCUGUGUAAGUGUGGUGCCUUGGGGCGCAUUGAAAGUGGAGAAGUCUCUAUAGUAAGCCCUCUGCUGCCAACUGGAAUACGGUGGAGUAUGUUAGUUUUCCAGUCACACUGGAACUGUCUGUUUGAACACUGAAAAUAAAUUGUUUAUUUAUGUUAUAGUAUCUUAAAACAAAGCACUAACGGGUAGAAAUGUCUUUUUUUGUACUAAGUGUAAAAAUUACUUUUUAGAAAACUCUGACUGAAGAUAAUGCGUGUCUUUUAGAAUAUGGCCCUAUCCCACUAUCCCACUAUCAAUCCCCCUUUUUCUAAAAUGGUUUCAUUGCUACUGGUGUGUUGACUACAUAAAACAUCAACAAUACAGGGUAUUUCACAUCACAAUCAAUCACAUUGGUUCUAUUUUGCUGUAGCAUAGCUUUUGUUUUCAGUCAUUUAUGCAGCAGACGUUAGGCCUACAUCCUGUUUGGGUUAUUUAGCAUAGACAGUAGCAAGAGAACUCAUCUCUUAACCGCAAAGAUCCUUCCUCAAUUAUUUAAACAUGAUAUUGCUGGAUGUAUUGUAGAGUGGUGCACUGAUAUUAUUUUCUAUUCAGAAACGACCAAAAUUAAAAAGAAAUAAUCUCCCA